AUGGAAGAUGCUUUGAAAUGUAGAGCACAACAAUUAGCCAAUGAACCUUCAACAACGACCAUAGUCUCCUCGUUCUCUGAUUCUUGCUUCUCGGUGUUGCUGAACAGUGCGACAGACUUUUUGGUUGCUUCAGGGAUGGGCGCACGAGUUUUUCACGAUCAUUAUACGUUGAUCAAUAUCUGCGUUACUGAAACAUGA